AUGAUUUCAUUGAUGCCAAAACUCCAAAAAUUUGCCCUAUUUUUGUGCAUAUCUUCACAAUUUUUUAUUUUGGCCAUGUCUACUGAUGCACAAUCUGGAAUCCUCGUAGAAGGAGAUAAUUCUGCGUUCUUUGCUACAUACUUGGUGAACUAUGAGCUUCUGUCCACCGAAGAAGGUCGCUCGAACUUUAUUAGUGCUGUGAAGCAGUUCGAGAAGGUCCUGGAGGAGUCUUCCACGAUUACCAAUGUCGCGGUUUCCGGAGCUCUCUCUUUCGGAAAGAAGCUCUGGGUAUUCCUGACGGAGGGCAACGAAGAGCUCAAGGGUACUGGCGCCGAACUAUUUGAUUUCCCUGGCUAUGGUGAACAAGCUCCGUCUACCCAGGCUGACCUGUACGUUCACAUUCACUCGAAGUACAACGGUGCCAGCUUCGAUUGUGGAAACACCUUCGUUUCUCUUUUCCUUCCGAACAUGCUGACCGUUUCGGACGCCCAGAUGGGCUUCGUCUGGAGAGACAGCCGAGAUCUCACCGGAUUUAUUGAUGGAACCGAAAACCCUUCAGGUCCCAGCGACCGCGCGGAAGCAGCUCUUGAUCCGAAUGGCUGCUCCUACGCCAUUGUGCAGCGCUUUGAGCACAACUUAGAGAAGUGGGGAAAACUGGAUAGGACUUCGCAGGAGGCCGUAAUUGGCCGUACCAAGCCUGACAGUGUUCAGUUGGAGCCCCUUCCUCCGGGCAGUCACGUUGCCCAUUCUGACAUCGACUACAACGGAGAGAACGUUAAGAUUGUUCGCCAUAGUCUCCCUUACGGAAUGCCGAAUGGAGUAAAAGGUCUGUGGUUCACCGCCUAUUGCCAUUUCCUGAUUGGACUCGACGAAAUCGAGAAAUCUAUCUUUGGUCUUCGUGGAACGGAAUCGGAUCAUCUGAUGAACUUCAUCACUCCUGUGACUGGAGGAUACUACUUCGUUCCUUCAAAGUCGAUGCUUUCUAAGCUCUGACUUGUUUGUUGAAAUCAUCCGAUCCCCGCGGAAUUAGUUUUGUGGUUCCUUUUUUCCCCAUCCAAAUUCAUUAUUUUUUUGAGAUCGCGCGUUUGGGAGAGGUAAGUGAGUGUUUCAAAAGGUCUUUCUACCCUGUUCCCAUUGUUUUUCAGGCUUCAGGUUUCUGGUUUCUGGUUUCUGGUUUCCGGUUUCCGGAUUGAGUGGUUAUGUGGAAUCCUGAGGUUCUGAGGAUUUCCAGCUUACACGCUGUCAGUUGAUAGUAGCUGUAUGGUGCCAGUAGCUGGGCAAAGAGAUGUUCAAUAGAUGGGGAACUGGAGUACAUGAAAGCUUCUUCAAUCGUUGUUCAAAUAUUCACCCUUUUUAGAUUGGAUUCCCGAGGUAAGUGAAAGCUCCCUGGUGGAAGCAAGAGAAAAAGUUGUAAAAUGUGUAUUGUAAUGGAAA